AUGCCGCCGGAACGCCGUGCAAAUGAUGCCGAUGAUAAUUCGCAAGAUUCAACUAAUGAGAGACGGUCAGGCUUACGAGACCGAUCCAAGUUGAAAACGACAGCCCGCAACGACGAUACCACCCAACCCUCGUCUCCAAGCAACAGGCCCACAGCAUCCAAUGUGGUCGAGCAGAACAAUGGCGGAGCUGAGGCAGGAAGUACUGCAGCACCAAUCAAUAAAAUACAAAAGAAAAUUGAGAAAAAGCAAGACUCUCUUCAAGACAAACUUCAGAAGGCAAGGGAGGAUGCAGAGGAUAAGGACCAACAGGACGAUGCAAAGAAACGCUCACAGGCACACCAAAAGCGUCGUGUUGCCACCGCAUUGUAUGAAGACUAUCUUUACUAUCAAACACCAGAGUACAGGAAGCAAUACCGUGAAGAUAUCGAUGCCGCCGUAAAGAAGAGGGCAGGACUAGCUUUUGCCAAAGGCCAUGCCCCUGCAAAAUUGGGGGAUGACGAAACUUACGACAGCAAACUAAGGAGCGUCCUCAAGGACUUCGAAAAGAACGGAGUAGGUUUGCUCGAUAAUCUAGAUUGGCGAAGCAUGCCGCCCGAUCAGUUACGUAUGCGUAUUCCAAGAGCGGAAAAAUUCCCGGUGGGACUAGGAGAGCAGCUUGGAGGGGUGCCAAUCGAACCUUACAACUUAUUACUCGACACCGACGCCAUCGAGAAGAAAAGAAAGGAGGUGGAAGACCAGAACAAAGAUCCAAAGAUGAGCGAAUCUCACUCCGAACGACGGGCACGCGAGACAGGGCUCUCGGAAGGACUACCGACAGACGGUCAUGCCAAUGACACUUUAUCAACAUCCAGAGAUCUUCGCAGAACGCGACUGGAGACUGGCUUGUUUAUCUCAGCGGGCGAAACAUGGGACGACUGGAAGACCUUGCACGAACGCGAAGCACCGGAUGGGCUUUACGACGAACUGAUCGAGGAGGAGAUGCCAGAUGAUGACAGCGACUCUAGUGACGACGAGAACGACUUGUUUGCAAUCAGUUACCGCGAAUGUAGUGGUUUGGCAGGUUGUCCCCGAGGCAGUGGUAGUGGCGGUGGCGGUGAUGAUGGUGGGCAUGAUAGUAGUGAUGAUGACGACGAUGGUGACAAGAGUAAAAAGAAAGACAACAGUGAUCCAGUAGCACCAAGCAACCCUGCUGGUGGGCCACCAACUGGGUCCAAACCUCGACCCAAGGCGGCAGGCAAGAAAGCGGAAAAACAUGACUACACGCAAUACACCCGCGUACAACUACGUACAGCUAUGAAAUUUUGCAACGAAACACAGAGUGCUAAGCUUACUGAGGAACUUCACAAGCGUGCUGCGGAAUACGACGACAACCCGAACAAAUCUGGUGCUUUUCAUCACUAUAUCCUCAAGGAUAAGACAGUCGCAAAUGGUCUUCAAAAUGAUAUUACUAAACUGGGUAAUACUUGGUCGGCUACCUAUAAACAAAAACUCGAUAACCAGAAUAAGAAGGCCGGAAGAACCGUGCAGCAGCAAGAGGCCGAUUCUGAGGAGGUGAACGGAGACGAUGUGGGAAUAGAUCAGACUGGCGAACAAGUAGAUAUUGACAUAUCCGGAGAGAACUCUCCCGCGCCAACUCGGAAGAGCAAAUCCAAGAAGGCAUCUACAUCUAAGAAGAAGAAGACGCGGUCAAAACGAGGAGGCAAGAAGUAG